AUGUCAAGAGGGGUUAAUGCUCUAGACACCAUAAAUCUAGGGUUGAUGAGAGCAAGGGAAUGGAAAGAGGCUCAAUCGGAGUUACCUAAAUCCCCGUUUGUGGAGGUAAAAUCCAGAGGGAGGAGCUCACCAGAUGCAAUUGUCUGUCACACAGACGGAGCUUGGAGCAGAGAGCACCGAGCCGGAGGAAUGGGAUGGAUCUUCCAAGAUAAAAACAAGCGGCAGAUCAAUAGAGGAUCUUCAUCAAGAGGACACGUAUCCUCACCCUUGGUGGCAGAAGGGUUGGCAAUCAGACAUGCACUGGAUCACGCUUUAUCAAUUGGAAUCUCUGUAAUUCAGGUGGCGUCGGACUCGCAGCAGAUCGUAACAGCGAUUACAAAUGGAAACCGACUUUCUGAGAUCUACGGAAUUCUCGAGGAUAUAGCUCAUCUCUCCUCUCUUUUCAUUGAAGUUAAUUUCAUUUCUGUUUCGAGGAAAACUAAUUGUUUGGCGGAUUCCUCUGCAAAAUUGGCUCUCCGAGCAUUUUUAGCGCCGGGAGACUAA